GUGACGUCACACACAAACACGCGCAGAAGAAGAGCGGAAUCGUUCAGCGCGCGAGUCUCACAGAUCGGCGAUAAUAAUAUUUCAUAUUUGCGCUCAUGUUGUAAUAAAUAUAAACGUGACAGCGACAGCGGAAGAGUGUUCGUGUCCAGACGGAUGGAGGAGUUUCUAAAGCACUUUAAAAACCACAGCAGAGCGGAGCAGCGCUGGCUGUCUGCGGUGUUUGAGGCAGUGCAGCAGCAGCUUCUUCCGCUCAUCGAUGCGUCUCUGGGUCUGUCUGUGUCUCGUCUGUCUCUGGCCGUCGUGUCGAAGGUUCAGACGGCCGGCGGCUCGGACACUGAGUUACCUGUCAGCUACAGGUUUGUGUCCGUGUCGGAGCUGAUCCGUGAUCAGAGAACCGCCUGCUGCAGCAGCCUCCGCUGGAGCUCCGCCCACUACCGGGAACAAGCCAGGGGGGCGGAGCUAAAGCUACCUGGCUAUAAAGCUCUCCCGCGUGACAACCUGCUUCUGAUUGGCUGUCUGUGUGACGGACAGACUGCGGGGACCAGUGACGGCGUCUGGAGGGUGCGAGACGCGGGAGGCAGCCUAGCGUGUGCGAUGCUGAAGUCGUCUUGUCUCUGGCUGGGGAGGCUGAUGCUGUUUCCCUCAUGGAACUACAUCCCCCAUAAUGCACCUGGGGCGGGUUACCUAGAGCUGCUGGAGCCUCCGGUGUGCGUGACCCUGGAGGCCAUGGCCUUUGACCCCGGAGGAGCCCUGAGCGAGGUCAUGAGCGUGACGCGGGCGGCUGAGAUCCUCAGACAGAGGGGUGAGGAUCAGGCGUGUGUGUGCGUCAGCGGCCGGGUGAGCGUCGUCUGUCCUCUGCUGGUGAUCCGUGGGAAGCGGUUCUUCUGCCUCGUCCUCAGUGAAGAAGGGUCUUCAGUGCCUGUGUUCAUCACGGAAGCCAAGCAUCAGUACUGGAGGCAGUGUGUGUGUGUCGGCCAGAGCGUGUGGCUCUCGUCUCUGCGUGUGUGCUCGCUGCAGGGGCUGGAGGGCCGGCGUGUGCUGAUGGACAGCUGUCAAUCACGCCUCCAUCUGCACCUGCAGAACCAGGAGAGCUCAGAGGAUCCAGACACACACACAGACUCCCUCACCGCAGACACACACACCGCAGACACACACACCGCUGACACACACCUGCGCUCAGGUACAGUGUCCGGCUCCGGUCCUGCAGUCAGAGUGAAACGCUCCACGCUCAUCAGCUUUAAGGGCACGGUCACAAAGAUCUUGAACGCAGAGGCGGGGCUUUAUGAGAUUGACGGACAGGUGGGGCUUUGUCUGGCCUAUCAGCCGACUCAGAAAUGGGGCGGCGGCUUGAGGCCAGGGGCGGAGAUUCAGCUUCACAAUGUUCACUUCAUGUACCGCGCUUCCCCGUUUGCUCCGCGUGUGGUUCUGUGCGCGUGUCUGCGCUCCAGCCUGCAGAUCACCGCCUUCAGCCGCCUGAGUUCAAAGGUGGAGGUGUCGGGGUCACACGGGCCGCUGCAGUGCCUCCUGCUGGAGAAGAAUCUGGGCGCGUCGCAGUAUCUCUGGCUCUGCUACUGUCAGAACGCCGUCGCUGAGCGGUUGUGUCCUCGCUGGGUGAGAGCGGAGCGAGUGUGUGUUGUCGCCGAGCGGCUGCUGGACUUUGUGUGUGACGCUGAACAGAAGACACAAAAAGAGAGAAACAUUUACAGAGAGAUGAUACAGGAGCCACACCAGUGCCCUGUUACCACGUUCUGUGUGUGGUGGCCGUCUGCGGCGCUGUGGUCACUGAGGCAGCUGUCUGAUUGGAUGAGGCGUGAGGUGUGGGCGUCGCUCUCGCUGGCGUCUCUCCUGCCUGCAUCCUCGGCUCACAUGACGGCGCUGGAGCUGAACGCGGCGCUGUCAUGGUCUGUUCACAAGGUCCCGCUGACGGACGCGUCCCCGGAGCCGCUGCUGUUGCUGGGGGUUCUGGAGCUGGACUCGACCCGCGCCACGCUGCAGCUCAGAGACCAAACACACGCACUCGACUGCCUGUGUGUCUCAGCACACCAAUCAGGAGACCGAACCGCACACAUCAGCACCGCCUGGCAGGGUUGUCUAGUGUGUGUGCGGCGGUGUACAUUAGUCAUGGAGAGGUUCAUGAAGACACAUUUCCCUUCCUGGAAACACCUGGAUCAGCCGAGUUACAUCACACACAAACACUGCAGGGUUUAUCUUCAGCUGUGUGUGGAUGAUCUGACCAUCAUCAGUCCGUCUGCUGCCAUGAGCCGCUGUCUGAUGGAGGACAGACAGACAGACCGAGAGAGCGCUAAGAGACCCAGAGCGGCUGAGCGACCUCUGACCCCUGCGGCGUGUGUGAGUUUGCUGCUCAGACUGGAGUCCAAGCAGGGCGUGACGCUGCAGAACGGCUCCGCUGCUGAGCUCAGACUGCAGCCGGGCUUCGUCUGCAGAGCCGUGUGUUUGGGAGACGCUCAGCGCUGGAGCCACGACCCCAGAAACCACCGGCCGCAGGAGCGCGAGAGACACGGAGACGCUCAGAAGAUUGAGCUACACUUCAUGGGUUCGUGUGUUCGCUGGUUCCCCGUUCUUCAUCCUGGAUGUGUGUACAGAUUAAUCGCACGCAACACUGAGGAUGUGAGUGUGUUAAAAGCCAAGGGGGUUUCAGCGAAGGGCGGAGUCACACAGCUCAGCAGCCCCGCCCUCCUGCUGCAGCAGCAGUGGCGCAUUCACACGAUCACUGAAGAGCUGCCAGAUACACAGUCAGGUGUUCCUGCGCUCAUGAGCGUGUCUGCAGUUCUUCACAGCAGCUCCGCCCCUGAGAUCGUCUCCUUCUGUGGAAUCAUUACUCAGCGAAUCACAUUAAAGGAGGACAACGGAACCAAACCCAAGAUCCAGUCACUGACAGCAGCUGAAGAUGCAAGUGCUGAGCAGGAUCUGCGGGUGCGUUUGACCGUGCAGGACGCUGAUUGUCCCGGUCAUGUGAUCGAUGUGUAUGUGGAUCUGUCAUGUGGUCCAUACACACUCGGUCUGAUCGCCGGAGCCAUGGUUUCUGUCCAUCAUGUUCAGCGCAGAGUCUCCAAAGUGUGUAACGUGUACUGCCGCUCUCUGCCCAUCAGCUGUGUGAGCGUCACUGACCUGACGUCAGUCUGUUCAAGGUCAGGUGUGGCUCCGUCUCCUCCUCCCAUGAUGCUCUUGGGCGAGUGGGCGUUGGGCCGGGUGCAGCGCUGUGUGCUGGCUCAGGUCAAAGGUCACGUGGUGUGUGUGUUGUCUCUGCGGCUGCAGUGGACGUGUUCUCUCUGCGGGAGCAUCUUCAGACAGGCGUCCUGUGGCCGAACUCACCCACCGUGUGACUCGACCAGCGCAGUGUUUCAGGCUGAGGCCAAGGUGGUGCUGGAGGACGGCUCUGCUGACUCUCACGUCUGGUUCUCAUCUGACACCGUCUGCGAUCUGCUGAAGUUGAAUGCGGGUCAGUGGGAGGGGCUUCAGAGGCACGUCAGGGUCAAAGGUCAUGUGAAGGUGUACACACGCGGACGGAACAUGACGUGUGACGAGGACCCUGAUGAUACUUUAGUUCAGUAUCUGAGCUGUUUGUGCUCCAGCACCGCUGUGUGUCGACAGAUUCACCUCACCUGCCGACUGCGAGCUCAGAGAACAGGGAAAUCUCAGCUGAGGAAAGUUCAUCGAGGACAAACUGAAUUCAUCUGCAAAUUCACACCUGCACUGCAGUUACAAUGCCAACACAUACACACACGCUAAACACACACACACGCUAAACGCACACACGCUAAACAUGCACACUAAACACACGCGCUAAACACACACACACACAAACACUAAACGGCAGACGUGUCAUGUGAUCAGAUGCUGCUGUGCUUCAUGUGUUCGAUGUUCUGCUGCUGUUCUUCAGCUUUUCACUCGUUCACUGAAUUAUGUUUGCAACAAAAUAAUAUAUUUUUUAAUAUUUUUAUUAUAUAAUUUUUUAUGGUUGUGAUUAUUUUAUUAUACACAGUAAAUAUUGUAAGAUAAAACUCUUGUUCAGGAACAGAAAUAAACAGAAUUAUGUUUGAUUCGUUACGUUU